AUGCGACACCAGAGCCAUUCUGGAGAAACGCCGUCAAUAACGCCCUACACCAAAGUCAGUCAAAGCUUCCUCUCAAGCAGAUCAUCUCCUAGACUACUCACACCUCAGAGCGCAGAUCUCCAUGCACAACCCAAUAUGUCCAAUUACCAGAGAAAAUACUCCAUCCUACCAUACAGUCAGAGCAUUAACAACAAAAAUCGGAAACCGUUGCGAAGUGAUGGAUACCAGACACAGUCAGUCGAGUUCUCUCAGAUGAGCAAUAUUCGACACUGCCGUAUCUGUCAGGAUACUCCCGACUUAUUGUUCAUCGGUGGAGCAUCCGAUGCAGCACUCGCCGCUCCUGGUCGCAAGCACGUCGCCAGUGCCAGCCAGAUAUACCACGUUCCUGGUUUUAUGUCUUGGGGACUGGGCGGGGAGGGCGCUGUCGCAAAGGUUGAAGAACAGUCCGCAGAGAUAGACGCAAAGAUGAACGAGGACGAGGAUGACCUACAGACAGCAUUAGAAAAAGCAGCAGCUGUACCCACGAGAGCAUGCCAUCGUAUUAUAUUACAAUAUAAUUAG